UUUAGCCUUUUCUUUUAUCAUAUGAGUUAAUGUCUAUUAUCAACCAGUGCCUGCACUGAACUAACAAGCUCCAUGGCAGAAUAUAACCGUUGCAUCCUAAUUGGCCCAUCCUCAAGGGAAGAAUCCCUGUUGUUGGUUCCGCAUGGUUAACGAUUCCAGACUCAGGAGGAAUAGCGAAGAGCAGAGUACGGAACAGCGAAAAAGAGAAACAGAACUAUCGGCAGGCAGGUUACCAACAAGGUAUGAUACUUGAGAUCUCUUCAAUACGGUGCAAUUCAGGCACCGGGAUUGAGGGACCUCAAUUUUGUUUUUUUUAACACCAGUCUCAUAAAAAAACAUUCAACACAACCAGAGUUUUAGGAUUAUGGACUUUUGAAAGUGAAGAAAGGAUCACGCUUUAGUGAGUAAGAAAAAAUCCCCAGUUUUGUAUGUCUCUACCACUCUUCAUCUAAGCAUGGAAAACCUUACGCCAGAGCAAUGGCGGGAGAUCGUGAACAAGAAGAUGCGGUUCCCUCCGGAGCUGAUCACAGCGAUCCAGGAGGGGAACUCUGUCCAGGUGGCGGGGCUGCUGAAAGCUGGGGAUGGCAUCCUCCGGCAGCUGGAUGACUCCGAGGAUCGGCUGUGGAGGGAGGCCCUCAACCUGGCCAUCCGGCUGGGGAACGAGGACACCUUGGACACCUUGCUGCAGUGCGUCAAGUUUGACUUCCGCCAGAUCCACGAGGCCCUGCUGGUUGCCGUGGAUACCAACCAGCCACGAGUGGUCAAGCGGCUCCUGGAUCGUCUGGACCAGGAGAAAGGCGUGGGCAACAACAAGGUGGACGUGCGCUCCUUCUCGCUGGCCAUCUUCGACCACUCCAUCGACGACUCCCAGUUCGCCCCGGGCGUGACCCCGCUCACCCUGGCCUGCCAGAAGGACCUCUACGAGAUUGUGAACAUGCUGACCAAGAAGGGCCACGUCAUCCCCCUGCCCCACAAGAUCUCCUGCGUCUGCCUGGAGUGCCGCAACGGGCGCCAGUACGACCUGCUGAAAUUCUCGCUCUCCCGCAUCAACACCUACAGGGGCAUCGCCAGCCGCGCCUACCUCUCCAUCACCACCGAGGACGCCAUGCUCAGUGCCUUCCGCCUCAGCCGCGAGCUCCGCAAGCUGUCCAAAAAGGAGCCCGAAUUCAAGCCCCAGUACCUGAGCCUGGAGGAGCUCUGCCAGGAGUUUGCAGUGGAGCUGCUGGGCAUGUGUCGGAACCAGAGCGAGGUCACCACCAUCCUCAACAACUGCGGUGAUGACGACGAGGAUGAGCUGGAUGAGCAUACCUUUGAGGAGGGCAUCCCUAGCCUGGCCCGCCUGCGCCUCGCGGUCAACCUCAACCAGAAGCAGUUCGUGGCUCACCCCAUCUGCCAGCAGGUCCUGUCAUCCAUCUGGUGUGGCAACCUCUCAGGCUGGAGGGGCAGCAGGACAAUCUGGAAACUCUUCAUUUCCUUUGGGAUCUUCCUCACAAUGCCUUUCCUCUGCAUGAUCUACUACGUGGCGCCUAAGUCGAAGAUUGGGAAGACACUGAAGAUCCCAGUGAUCAAGUUCCUGCUGCACUCUGCCUCCUACUUGUGGUUCCUCAUUGUUCUGCUGGGCGAAUCUAUCGUCAUGGAGAUGUACAGAGAUCAAUCUUCCUUGCGUGAACAGAGCCUUAUGAAAAACUCUAUCCACAUGAUUUGGGUGGUGGGUUUUUUCUGGUUCGAGUGCAAGGAGGUGUGGAUUGAGGGGCUGCGCAGUUACCUGCUGGACUGGUGGAACUUCCUGGACAUGAUGGUCCUCAGCAUGUACCUCGCCUCCUUCACGCUGCGAGUCCUGAUCCUGCUCAAGGGCUACUUUCUCUGCCUGGGUCCAGACACCAUGCUGGAUUGCACCUACUUCACAGAAACCGCCCGUCAGGACUGGCGUCAGGAAGAUCCACAGUUCAUUGCAGAGGUGCUCUUUGCUAUGACCAGCAUGCUCAGCUUCACCAGGCUAGCUUACAUCCUGCCUGCCCACGAAUCCCUAGGAACCCUGCAAAUCUCCAUUGGGAAGAUGAUUGAUGACAUGAUGAGGUUCAUGUUCAUCUUGAUGAUUAUUGGUACAGCCUUCCUCUGUGGACUCAACAACAUCUAUGUGCCUUAUGUUAUUUCUCCACGCCUCGGAAAGUUCAAUGAGACAUUCCGCUUUCUCUUCUGGACCAUGUUUGGUGUGGUCAACCAGGACUAUGUAGACAUGCCGGACUUCGUGGUGGCCGAAACUGUUGGCAAGAUUCUCUAUGGGGUCUACACCCUAGUGAUCGUCAUUGUCCUGCUCAACAUGCUUAUUGCCAUGAUCACUAACUCCUUCCAAAAGAUCGAGGAUGAUGCAGAUGUGGAGUGGAAGUUUGCUCGUUCCAAACUUUACCUGAGUUACUUCAGGGAAGGCCUCACUAUACCUGUUCCCUUCAACAUAAUCCCUUCACCUAAGUCCCUGUUCUACCUGUUGAGGGGCAUCUUCCAAAAAAUCUGCUGCUGUUGUAAAUUGAGUAGAGAACCAAAUUAUCCUCCGAUCGCCUCCAUUUCGAACGGAACCCUAAAUGACAGCGGGGGCUCUGGAGAGAAUCGCAUGUCGUAUCGGCUGCAGGUGAUCAAGGCACUGGUGCAACGAUACAUUGAGACCGCGAGACGGGAAUUUGAGGAGACCAAGCGCAAAGAUGUGGGCAAUCGGAUUACAGAGCUCAACAAAGUGGUGACAAAGCUCCACUUUGAGCUGAAGCGCAUCCGCCAGAAUCUAAACCAUGGCAGUAAUACGUCUCCGCCCGAAUUGGACAGCACCGGCAUCUUGGGUAGAUACAUCCUGGGAGCCAAGAACAACUUCAAGGAUUUUGAUAAGGGGGAAGUGGGGGUCGGCCAUGCACCCCCAGUCUCUGUUGUGCACCACAGGGAGAUGGAUGUCUCGGAGACAGAGGAAGGGGUGGGGCAGAUGGAGGGGGAGGGGCAGUAAGAAAGGAAGAGUUCAGAAGGGAUGAAAGACCUAUCUUCAUACAGUGAGCUGUGAGGAUGCUGGCUUUGACUCCCCAAAUUGAAGACUCUUCUGAGCAAGAACCCAAAAGGAGUGAGAAAUCCCUACAAGAGAAAAAAUGUUAAAACUGCAAAAAAAAAAGUUUAUUUCAAUUAUUGCUUUUUAGGAAAGAAAUGUAUUUAAAGCCAGUUCCAUCAUUUAAAAGAAAGUCUCUCUGGAGACAUGGAGUGCUAAUGUUAAAAAUAGGGGUGAAGAUAAAUUGAAAAUAAAAAAUGAAAACUAUAUGCAGCAGUUUUUGAAAAUUAGUAUCCAUUUUUCAGAAUGCCUCUUUUAAACUACAUUUUCCUGUUUCUAUCUUCCUCACAGUCUUAGGAAUAUUUUGAAAGGACAGUGUCAGUACAUAAGAAAUUGAAUGUACUUAAUUACUGUACACAUUUGCAAUACAUUUGUCUAUUUCAGUUCCCAGCAGAGGUCCUGUUCUUUUUGAAAUUACUACAUUAAUGGAAUAACCAACAUUAAUUUGUAGUGUUGUGUUAUUUAAACACAAAAAAAAUAAAAUAUAUAGUUUGCAUAGCUGUGGUACAUAGGAACUUGUAAUGACAAUUACCUGUUACACUACUGUGUGAUCUCAUGCAAAUUUAUAUUAGUCGUAAUUCUACAUAGCUGGUAGCUUUUGUAUUAAACUCUUCUAUUCUUGAAAGGUUGUCUUGGUUGGAGGACAUCCAAAAUGUAAUGGGGAGUCACUGGAGAACAAGGGAAUUUUGACAGGGGUUUUGCAAGCAAUCCAAAAUCCUACUAAUUGAAUGCUCUGAAGUUGUAAAUGCUCUCUCUUC